AUGGAGAAAUACACAGAAUCACCACCUAGCUUGCCAGUAGAGCAUUUCUAACUUCAGGCAGAGAAUCUGAUUCUACAGCCACAAGUGCAGCACCUGAAUGAGGAAAAUACUUCCCCAAGUGGCUAAGUCCUGCCUGCCCUGGUCACGCCAAUGAUGCCUAUACCCUUCUCACUUGAGCAUCUCACUCAAUUUCAUGUUGAUCCUGCCAAUUUCUCAGUAGGUAGUCAGGUGACCACCUAUUUGACAUCUCUCAAGACAGCUCUCAAUUCUGUAGAUAAUUCCCAGGUAAAGUCCUUUUCUGACUACCUAUCUCAGCAGAUGAAAAGCUGUGGGGUCUUAUCUGGGCCUGACUAGAGUACUUUGCUGAAGCAAUAUGAAAACUUCAUUCUUGAGUACCAGCAGUCAUUUGGCAAACCCACAAAACAGGAAAUGAACCCUGUGGUGAAUGCUAAGGUUGACAAAGGUAAUGACUCCUCUUUGCCAUUAUGUUACCAUUUCCAGUUCCUUGCUCAAAAUUUGAGCUAUAAUGAAACCACUAUGUAAGAUCCACUCCAAGAGGGACUGGCUGGUCCUGUCUGUGAUGAAAUGAGUGGCAAGAAUAUGGACAAUCCCCCAGACCUGAUCACUCGGUGUAUUAAGUUGGACAAAAAAAUGAGUGAUGGGCCAGAGCUCCUCCAGUCAGAGGUCCAGCUCCCAAGAUCAACUUCCCUGAUCUACCACCAAUACCUCUCCAGCACCACAGGUACACUACCCAAGGAAAAACCUGUAUAGUUGCAGGAAGGCCAGCUGCUUCUCACUACAGCUAGAGCCCACCAACAAGAAACCUAAUUUUGCUCGUACUGCAGCCAGGCUGAUCAUUUCACAAGAGAUUGCCUCACCAAGCAUUCUUGAGCCCCAGCAAAAACAAAUAACCCAGCUUGCCAGUAA